UGGGCCUACCAUUUCUCUUCAUCAUCUCUGAGAUAUUUCUAUACCUUUAUUAGAUUCUCCUGUGGUAUACUGUUCUCUUGGACAUAAUUUGUAAAUACACACCCCUGUCUAUAUAUAAAAUCUCACAGUUAACAAUGCAUAUCAGAGCAAAAACCAAAUAAUGAGGGGGAAAGAACUGCCUAUAGAGCUCAGAGACAGGAUUGCACUGAAAGUUCCCAAGAGCACAGUGGCCUCAAUCAUUCUUAAAUGCUUCCUGUUUUCCUUGUCAAAGUCUAUCCGAAAGGCAGAGAAUGACGUCUUACUGGACACUAUUGCUCUAAGGAAAGCAUUAAGGAAUGGAGACACGAUAUACAAAUCCUCAACUAACCCACAGGACCAGUACUCUAUGGAUGAAGGAGAAGAAGAAAGAGCUAUAAAGAGUGCAGGGUCUGAAAACACUUACUUCAGCCAUGAAGGUGUCCCAUUAAAUGUCGGUGUGAAACAGAUCCCAUUUUCAACACUUAAAAGCUCAUCCCAAAACUCAGAGAAUGGUGAUGAGAAUGUUGAGCUUACACAUGAAAGAAGAGAUCUCGGGGAAGAAGAAAACGCAGCAAAGUUACCAAUUGGGAGAAGAGACUUUGAUAUGCUCCGAUGCAUGCUGGGAAGAGUUUAUAGGCCUUGUUGGCAGAUCUGAUGCAACGAAGAUUUUUCAAGUUAUGGUCACCUGAAUAAUGCAGAGAGCCUGUAACAAACUUGCGGGAAUGACAGAAUUAAAAAUAAAAUU